AUGUUGGAAGGUGAAAAUAAAACGAUUGGACUUAUUCUAACUUCAAUAACUUUUAUUCUUACAGCGUUUGCAACAAUUAUAUCAUUAAUUAUUAUAGUAAUUCUUAUUUAUCAAUGGUAUCGUAAACGUGUAAAACAAGAUGAUAAAAUAACAAUAUAUCUUUGUCUCCAUAUCUAUUUGUGUAUGUUAAUACUGACAACUAUUGGAUUAUCAAUGAAUAUUCGAACAUUUUUGGGUGAUUUAAAUGGGCAAUUAUUCGAUUCAUUAGGGUGUAUAUUUUCAGGAUAUGUUGUUUUGAUUCACCUUGGUAAAAUGUACAUAGCAUUCAUAAAUCAAGCAUUUUAUCGUUUUGUUCGAAUUGUUUAUCCUCAAUAUGGAUACUUUCUAUCUUUAAAAUUCUUUUUACUUCUUACUAUGAUAGAAUAUCUAUGUAUAAGUGGUAUUGUUUGUGUUGUUAUACCUUGGAAUGGAGUUAUUUAUUUUAUUUACGAUCACUUUUGUUAUGUUUCAUUCACAAAUUUACGAGCAAUUAUAUGGAUAGUACUUUCAGUUUAUGCACUGCCAUGUUUAUGUACAUUUAUGAUUUAUAUGCGAAUAACAACGUUUCUUCGACAUCAAAGAAACACUUUAACAUUAGUGAUGAGACAAAGACAAAAACGGGAUUUUCUGAUUGUCCGACGAAUUCUAAUGAUAAUUAUUUUCUUACUUACUCUAGGACUCCCGGGAACAUUCUUUAUUAUAAGAUAUUAUGUCACAGGUGAUUAUCAUCCUUUGUCACUUCGUGUUGGAUGGAUGUCAGUUGCAAUAUCAAUGGCAGUUUUGAAUGUUGUAUUAAUAUUUUUCAUACCUCAGUUGCAAAAUAUUGUUAGAAAAGUAUUUCAAGAACAUCGGAUAGGAGUAAGUACUGUUGUUAUUCAACCUGAAGAAAUUCAAAUUUAA